AUGUCAAUAGUAGCUAUUAAAAACGCAGUUUCGGACUAUGUUUCUUCGAAGAAAGAUUCAGGUAAAACAGCACCCCUUCUAACAAACGAUAAUGGUUCUCACACUUCUCACAAUGCAUAUGGUUCGACGAACGGUGAUUUAGAAAAUGGUAACGGAACUUCUUCACAGGGUAAUAAUAAUGGGAAACAUAAUUCAUCAGGUUCAGACAGAGACGCUGAUACUUUGGGGGGUUCGUCCGAUAACAAUAAUCGUAAUGGUAAUAGUAAUGGUGGACUGUUCAAUAACGUAGACCCUCGUGUAAUCAGUGAUUUGGUCAUUGGGUUAAGUGAUGGUUUGACUGUUCCAUUUGCUCUAACGGCAGGUUUGUCAUCAUUAGGUGAUUCUAAAUUAGUUAUUACGGGUGGGUUUGCAGAGUUAAUUUCAGGUGCUAUAUCAAUGGGUCUUGGCGGUUAUUUAGGUGCUAAAUCUGAGGGUGAUUAUUACCAUGCUGAAGUCAAACAAGAGAAAAGUGCCUUUUACGAUAAUCCAACUAUGAUCAAUCACGAAAUCGAAGAUAUUUUAUUAGAUAUUAACCCAAAUUUUUCUGAUGACACAAUUCUAUCAUUUAUCAAAGACUUACAACGAACCCCAGAGCUAAUGGUUGAUUUUAUUAUCAGAUAUGGUAGAGGUCUAGAGGAACCUGCCGAAAAUAGACAAUUGAUUAGUGCUGUUACAAUUGGUGGAGGUUAUCUAAUGGGUGGAUUAGUACCAUUGUUACCUUAUUUCUUUGUCCAGCAAGUGGGAACAGGUUUAAUAUGGUCGAUUAUAGUAAUGGGAAUUACUCUAUUUUGGUUCGGUUACAUAAAGACUCAAGUAUCGAUGAGUGAUGCUUGUACUUUAGGUAAAAAAAUUUCUGAAGGUUUACAAAUGGUCGUAGUUGGUGGUGUGGCAGCUGGUGCUGCUUUCCUACUAGUUAAGACCCUGGGAUAG